AGAAACGGGCCCCUGGCCUUUAUUGACUAGGCAACAAUAAGUUGCUAAUAAAAACAAAUAAAAAGAGGAAGUGCAAUGUAGAUAAAAUAUGACAUUAGUGAAAUGUGAUCCACAUUCUGAUGAAGGAAAUUUACAACGAGAUUGUGCAGAAAAGGAUAAGGUGGCAAAGCCAGCAGUUCAGGAGGGGAAGCACAGGACACCUUAGCCUGACUGGAAGUUCAUAGUUGAGACAGGAUCAGAAAACAACGAGAUUGUCAGUACUAAGCAGGGAUUGGCCCGCGAGCAAGCUCUCACGGCACCAGCGGCAAAUCAAGUGAAAUGAGUUGUUGAACAAAGCGAGCAGGCAAGAGGGCCAGACACGAGUACAUGAGAGCCUACCUGGAAGUCCUUGUUUUUUGAAUACGAACGCUGCAUUUUGACUGGUGAAAAUGACGGAUCCUAUUCAUAAUGACAAAAACCAGCGUUACACUGGUGACGAUCAAACACAAACAUUGCGUCCGGGAAUCCAAAUGUGGGAUCUGUUCUCGAAACUUUUUGAAAACAUUUCAUCAAAACAAAUAAUCUAGUCGAUCUAAAACACAAACAAAAGGAAACUAAAAGCCUGCUGUGUUUGUUGACGUUUUGUUCAAUUUCGAUUGGCUAAUAAUUUCACAUGUUUUAAAGCUAGCGACGUCCGACAAUGCCGUCCGACAAGCUUCCAUUUCGUGCCGGCUCGCAGCGCAUGAGAGUUAAGUGGGAACUGACACAGAAUAGGGGUGGGACAGAGCAUGCUGUGAUCACGUGUUGACACGACUGGCACACGAGUUUCAAGCAUGAAAGAGAAUCAAACGCUUAUUUACAGUUAGACAUUAACCCCGGCCUAUUGCAUAUUAAUUGUCGUGAGAUGCCAUUAAUGGCCUUGAUGUCGAGCAGAAAGUCCAAGGUGGGACAGAGCAUGCUGGGAUCACAUGAUGACAUAUGAAGUGCAAAGAGCAACAGGAGAUUUAGCAUACAAGUUUCCACCCAGAGAAAUAAUUAUUUACAGUUAUAUUAAACCACAGCCUAUUGCAUACUAAUUUGUCAUGAUAUGACAACACUAGCGCCAAGCCAUUUUAAAAACUGCUUCGACCUCUUGCUAUAAAUUGUUGGAUGGUUGUUGAGUCUGGUCAAAUCACUAGGUGAUUUUUUUUUUGCUAAGAAACGCCGCAUAAAAAAUAGCGUCCUCUAAUAAGCAUUUCGCGUCGACGUCUUUAGCUGAGACGCCGCUGUAAUUUUCUUACACCCGCCACCUGAUUAAGCUUGUUUUUUGGCUGUGUGCGGCACAAGUUGACAAAAACAUUCACAAGGAAAAGUUUGGGUCGUUACGAAAAGUUUGCUUAAAAAAUGCCUUUAUUGCAGAAGAAGUGCGUGUCAUUCCGAAGUAGGUGUUUAAUGAUCACGGCAACAGUUCUCCUUCUUUUGGCUGGAUUCAUGCUGCUAUCAAACAGAAAACUUGACGGUAGGUUAGACAAUCAUUCGUUAUCAAACACGACUACCACACAAAAUGUUCCUGAAAAGUUCAUGGCCAGAGCUCGACUUCACCUCAUUGUCCAGAUUCCAGUGUUGAAUAUCACAAACGAACCAGGAAACAGGUGGCUUGUGAUGAGAAAAAGGGAGUACCUCUAUUGCCUCGGACGAAACCUGAUAAGUCCACAUGUUGAAAAAAUCCAUAUCUUCUGUGAAAACGGCGCGGAUCCUGAUGUCAUCAAGGCCCAGAAUUUGCGCGAGGACUGGAAAAUAAAUUUUCAUUUUCUUGGUCGGCGCAUGCGCUACAGAGAUGCCUUCCAGUACGCUUCGAACAAUUUGUUACGUAGAAAUGUAAUGAUAAUGAACGCAGACUGUUAUGUGGAUAAAGGGUUUGAGCGACUAAACGAAAGCAUUCUGAACAGGAAAACAAUGUACGCAUUGACCAGGCAUGAAACUUCCGAAAACGUGCGUCUCUGCAACGCCAAAGAUUUCUGUGGACCGACGGCAAUGUACCGUGGUUCCCACGAUGCAUUUCUGUUCAGGCUUCUCGUGCCACUUCCCUCUCAACUAUUAGAUAGCAUUGACUACCGGCCGAACAUAUUGGGCAUUGAACAAGUUUUGAUAUUUAACUUUAAAAAGUAUGUACAAUUUAAUGUAAAAAACCCGUGUAAAAUCCUGCGUGUUGUUCAUCAUCACUGCAGCAAAGUAAGAAACGAAACAGAGCGACGUAUUCAAGGACGACGAGUUGAUCGCUAUCUGCACGUCAGAAAAGAAACAGGCUGGGCAGCAUUCUCUGGUUUGUAAUGUAAUCUUUUAUUGUACUUGGUUCUGCUGAAUCUGCAAUCAGACUGUUCGGAGAUGGACAGCUUUGACGAAUAUAGUUAUAAGUUAA